GGGAUGACGUAGCGGCCGAGGAGGAGUUCCUGUUAAUCCAAACAUCGACGAAGCGAAACUCUGAGCGAUUUAUCGAUAAUAAAUCCGUAAUAGCUGUCCGAUUCAUUGCUGGCAUGGCAGCUCAGAAGAUCAACGAAGCCCAUGAGCACAUAGCUAAAGCGGAAAAAUGCCUGAAGACGAGUCUGACUAAGUGGAAGCCUGAUUAUGACAGUGCUGCAUCAGAAUACGCCAAAGCAGCUGUUUGCUUCAAGAAUGCCAAGCAGUAUGAGCAAGCAAAGGAUGCCUACCUGAAGGAAGCUGAGUACCACACAGAAAACAAAACGCUUUUUCAUGCCGCAAAGGCCAUCGAACAGGCAGGUAUGAUGAUGAAGGAACAAAAGAAAAUGCCCGAGGCCAUCCAGUACAUAGAGAAAGCCUGCAUGAUGUACAUGGAGAACGGGACUCCUGACACCGCUGCCAUGGCUCUGGAUCGGGCUGGAAAACUGAUCGAGCCGAUAAACCUGGAGAAAGCCGUGGAUUUGUACCAGAAGGCGGCUGGUGUGUUUGAGAAUGAGGACCGCCUGCGUCAGGCUGUGGAGCUGCUGGGAAAAGCCUCCAGACUCCUGGUCAGGUUAAAAAGGCUGGAUGAAGCAGCCGUCGCCCUGCAGAAAGAGAAGAACAUGUACAAAGAGAUUGAGAACUUCCCCAUGUGCUUCAAGAAAACCACUGCUCAGGUGCUGAUUCACCUCCACAGAGGCGACUACGUAGCGGCUGAUAAAUGUGUCAGAGAAAGCUACAGUCUGCCCGGCUACAGCGGGAGCGAAGAUUGCGUCGCCAUGGAGACGCUACUGCAGGGCUAUGACGAGCAGGACGAGGACCAGGUGUACCGCGUGUGCAACUCACCUUUACUGAAGUACAUGGACAACGACUACGCCAAACUGGCCAUCUCCCUGAGGGUACCUGGAGGAGGAAGCAAGAAGAAGAAGGCCGCUGCCGCUCCACAGGGUGGCGCUAGCGGGGCGCCGGCCGCUGCUGAGGAGGAGGAUGACUACGAGGGCGGCCUGUGUUAGCCUUCAGCCUCCAUCUGCUGCCACCACUGCACCCUCUGGAGCCCCGACCGGCAGCUGUUUGACCAAAAACAGCACAAAAAUAGCAACAAAAAGUUAAAAAGCAUAUUAAAAUAUCCCACCAGUCGCAGUCGGUGUUGCAGGAGAGUCGACCUGCGUGUAAACAGCCUUUUAAUUUGUGUUCUGAGGUGGAUCCUCGGCCUGUCGUAUGAACGUUUAUCAUUUCUGCUCUCUGUGAAGCUGUACAUUUUGCUGUUAUCGUCUGUGGCUAGAGAAUAUAUAAGUAUAUAAAUCAGAAGUACUCUGUGUCUGGAUCGGUGUAUAGGUGUUUAUUUGUACAGAGGUAAUUUAUUCAGUAUUCAUGUUACCGGAGCAAUAUGCAAUCAGAUGUUUAAUGCAUGUUUGGAAAUAAAAUCAAGCAGAUUGGUCGAUAUUAACGCUUCAGAAUGAUUCCUCAGCUUAUUUAGACUCAUCCUGGAGAACUAAAACACGAUGCAGCUUGUACCCAAUCAUACUGUUGUCCGUUUGUCUACCUGAAAAUAAAACAGAAUCGUGUGCUGUCUUUAUUUGCUCUAAUUAAACGCCAGAAAGGGACCAUGCAGUGAGAGUUCAUCCCUGACUUCCUUGUCGAUGCUGCGUUUUGUGUUUUUGUGAGGAAAACAUCAGCUAAAUGCCAAUUAAAGCUCUAAUCUCACUGAAGGUUAUGAAGGGAUUGUUUACAUUUUACUUUUUAUUCGUGCUGUUGCCCACUUCCUGUAUGUUCCUCCAAAGCAGAGCUCCAAACUUUCCAUCAAUAAACAUUUCCGUUGUGUGGCA